AUGGCCGGGGGGCAGCGUCGCCGCGACGAGAUCGACGACGACGACUGCGCCGACGUGCUCGGCAUCGACGUGCGUGGUCCCGACGCCGACCCGUUCGACAUCCCCGCCAAGCGCGCCCCCGUCGAGCGGCUGCGGCGCUGGAGGCAAGCUGCUCUUGUCCUCAAUGCUUCUCGACGAUUCAGAUACACGCUUGACCUAAAAAAGGAGGAGGAGAAGGAACAAAUAAGGAGGAAGAUAAGGGCCCAUGCCGCGUUAGCCAUUAUGGCCUGCACUGCGAUGAUUUUGAUAGGAGGAGAUAUCGACACCAAUGUGACAUGUCACGAGUGUCACGUCCAUGUCCAAUAUAUAUGA